AUGGCUACCGGCGGGGCCGAGGGAGAGGCGGCGGCCAUCUUGGCGGCGGCGGCGGGGCCGGCCCGGCGAUGAGCGGCUCGAAGCCCAGAGUGGCCGCGGCCGGGCCCGGCGGGGCGCUGAGUCGCCUGCGCCGGCAGAGGAGCUCCGGGGCUGCCAAUGCCGCCGCGCCUCCGCGGGCCGCCCUGCCGCCUCCCAGGACUGAAGCGGAGCUGCUGGCGCUUGAGGCGGUGCGGCCCGAGCACGUCCUGGGACUCGGCCGCGUGACGGAGCAUUACCUUUGCCGACCCGAAGACAACAUCUACAAUAUCGACUUCACCAAGUUUAAAAUCCGGGACCUGGAGACUGGGACGGUGCUGUUUGAAAUUGCCAAACCUUCAACUUUAGAGCAAGAGGACUACGAGUGUGACCUUGGGGAGGUGGACAGCAGCGCCGGACGCUUUGUUCGCUAUCAGUUCACUCCGGCCUUCCUGCGCCUACGGACGGUUGGGGCAACGGUAGAGUUCACCGUGGGAGACAAGCCCGUAUCCAACUUCCGUAUGAUCGAGAGGCAUUACUUCAGAGACCGUCUUCUGAAGAACUUUGACUUCGAUUUUGGCUUCUGCAUCCCCUGCAGCAGAAACACCUGUGAGCACAUAUACGAGUUUCCUCAGCUGUCAGAGGACCUCAUACGCUUGAUGGUCGAGAACCCCUAUGAGACUCGCUCAGACAGUUUCUACUUUGUGGAUAACAAGCUGAUCAUGCACAACAAGGCCGAUUACGCCUACAAUGGCGGGCAGUAGCCAUUCCAGCAUCGCCUGUGGACAUUGCGUGGGCCAGAGGCAGCCUCGUCCUGCCCCUCCUUCCCGCGAGGCUCGAGAAGCAGCAUGCCAAGUGGGAGGGGGUCUCUUCUGGGACAGUAAAGGAAUUCUCUGGGCCGUUGAUUCCUUGCUUCAUCAUGGUUUCCAUUGGCAUCCUGGUUUGGUGAACAGCUGGGCGGCGGCCCCUCCAAUGGACCAAGCUUGGCUAGAAUCCCCUUCCUAACACAUCCCGCAGCUGAGAGAGCUGAGCAGGUGCUGGGCAGUUGCUCCUCCUCCUCCUCCUGCCUCGUGGCCUGCACCUGAGCUGAUGUUCCUGUUUCUCUGCCUUUGGGGUCGGAGGGGGCUCCUGGGGGAGGGCAGAACUUUCUUUGAUUCUGGGCCUCUUCGACCCACAGCAACCCCUAAAGGUCUGGCCUGUAUGAGAAAGGUGAGUUGUGCUCUCCAGGUGACUCCCUGGCUUCUCCUACCUAGCAGUUCUCACCAGGGAAAUGGGGGGCCAUCCUAGUCUUUCUCCUCCCCUUCUCCCCCCUCACUAUGACCUUGCUUCUGGCUGAGAAACGGCUGCAGGUGAGAAUUGACUCCGCCAUCUGGCUGGCCUCUCAGGCAAGCCACUAGAGGGGCUGCUUUGGCAGAAGGGCCGGAGCCCCUCUGGAGGGAUGUGGGGCACCCCACGGCAGUCACUCUCCAAAGGGAGGGGGCUCUAAGGGGCAACGGAGGUCCUAAAAGAGCAAUGCUUAAACUUCUUAGUUGGGGGGAUGUUUAACUGCCCCCAACAAAAGAGCUUCAGGUGCAGGACUCCGUUCCGGUUUCUUUAAGGGGCAGGUUCUCGUGGUUGUCUGGGAAAGGGCUGGUGGUGAGAAUGGUGGUCGAUGCUCCCCGGCUCUCUCUGGCAAAGUGCCUUCCUCCAAGGGCUUUCUUUUCCUGAUCCCUCGUGGUUGAAUCCAGGUGCCUUUGGAACUACCCUCUGCUGCACGGAGUCCCCAGGCGGCUCCUCUGACCUGGAAGCCUCGGGAGGGCUGACCCCAAAGCAGGGGCCGUUUGCAAUAACCGACCCUCCCUGCAACUUUUCCUCUGUGCCUUCCUUGCCACCAACUGCCCAGCAAUAGGUGGGAAAUGGGGUGCAUGUGUGGAAACAAUGGGGUGCUUCACUGGGCAAGGGAAUUGCCAGAAGCCCCAAGUGCAGCCCCUGGGGCCCUGGACAAGAAUGGCCAUUGUGCCCUCAGCCAUUCCCUCCUUGAGCUGCUCUGCAAGGGCCGGGUUUCUGCCACUCCCCUGGGCAGGCAGGGGUCAGUUUGGGGGGUGGGGUGUUUCUGCCAUGCUGACCAAGGGGGCAUGCAAGAAGCAGAGCUGCCCUUCCAAAGCAGGAUGUGAUUAGAAAUCCAGGCCUCUCUUUUGGCCAGAGCACUGCAGGGGGACUAGUGACCUGGGUAAGUGGGUGGCUUCUAAACCUGUCCUGUGGCUGGAAAAGGGGCAUGAAAUGGAGAUGGUUUCGUUUCCUCCAUCCAGCUCAUGAGAAAAGCAAAAGGGGGGCUCCCCUUUAGACUCAACCCCCCACUCCGCCCUUGAAAGUGAAGGCUGCUCUGGGGAGACCUGCUCUCAGCAAUCGGCAGCAGCCUUGGCCACUGGUAGUCAUCAGGUCUGGAACCUGCCCCACCCAAGUACUGCUCAGGGACAGCAGCUUGGCCAUGACUGCUGUGGGGGCGGGGGGAGGGGUGUCAAACACACAUCUCUGGCUGUCUCCAGUUAUGUGACCUGAUCUGGACGCUCACACUACGGAUGUUUUGGAAUUCUGUAGGCCAUGAUCUUGAGAGAUGGGUCUUUAGAGCAACAGUGCAAUGAAUUUUCCAAGGGCGGGAGAAGAUUGGGCACUGUAGCCAAAAUCACACACACCAAUCUUGUGGCUUUGAAUUGGCCAACGGCGCUUCGUAGGAGUUUGUCCAUGAAAGGGGCUCUCCCUCCCCACAGAAUCUUGGUAUGGCAAGUGUGAAAUGCACAGGAGACGGUUCCUAGUUUUUCUGCCGAGAUAUUUUUCCAUAGAGAAUGGCAGAAGUUCCAAAAGUCCCCCCCCCUUCCCUGCCCCCAAGUGAUUUCCAUAAUAGUAUCUGCUCCAUCAUGCUAUCAUUUUUAUAUCUCCUUGAUCUGCAGUAAUCUAGCCGACUUGUUUGUAUAAAGUGUUAUUUUGUCUGAAGCAAUAGUAAUUAAAAAAAAACCUACAUUCCA